GGAAGGCGAGAGGAGGGGUCGUGAGGAGCGGGUUCGAGCUCAGUACGCACCAGCUGGCGAGCGCGCGCCGGGGUGGGGGGAGGAGGCGUGCCGAGCGGUGUAGAGGGAAGUUGUGGUAGGGGCGGGGAGAACAAUGCGACAGGGAAGGAGGAAAGGGCAGUUAAGGGAGGCGAGGGCGUGGCGAGCUGAGCUGCCGUUAAUGAGGGAAGCCGGGGCUAGUGCAGGCGUAGAGGGGAAGAAGGGAGAAAGCAAAUAGGUUCGGGAAUGUGUAUUAGAGGGGCAUGGGCGGGCGCUAGGACCGAGCGUCGGGGAGGUGCGGCUUUGGGGCUGCCGGGCUUGCAUGGAGGUGACGCGGCGGUGGCGGAGAUUGCUGGCCCGGACUAAGCACUGCAGGGAGAGGACACUCGGCUGCCUUGGGCCUCGGCUUGUCUCUCCCCGCGCACUUCACUGCGCUCCUUCCUUCGUACUACUUGAGGGUCAUGCUCUGGUCCGGGGGCGCCCAGCCUUUUCUCGGGCCCCACGGCACUUUCCUCGCCCAGCCACGCACCCUUGUGCACCCCUGCGCGCCGGGGCCAGGUGGUGGAGGCCGUGGAGGGCCUGGCCGUUGAUUGGCUGCUGCGACCGCGGGGCGGGGCAGGUGGGCGACGCCUGACCUCUGCGGACCUGAUUGUCUUUCCCGCCAUGUCGUUCGUGGAGAGUGGGAGGCGACCAGCCCCUUCUCGCCGCCGUCUAGGCACUGCUGUCCCGUUUGCUCAACCGGCGUUUUCCGCUUUCACUCAGGGAGACAGCUGGGGUGAGGGUGAAGUCGACGAGGAGGAGGGAUGCAACCGAGUGGCCCGUGACCUGCGGGCGGAGUUCUCGGCCGGGGCGUCAUCGGAACCUAGAAAGGACUCGCUACUCCGGCCAGAUGGGCACGGGUCUCCCGCCCUGCCCGAUAAACGCAAUGGUAUUUUCUCGGCGGAUGCGGGCGGCAGAGCCCAAGCCCGGCGCUGGCCGGUCCAGGUCCUCUCAGUUCUCUGUUCGCUGCUGUUUGCCAUCCUCCUCGCCUUCCUUCUCGCUGUCACCUACCUGAUCGUAAAAGAGUUACAUGCUGAAAAUUUGAAGAAUGAAGAUGAUGUACACACUGGACUGUUAGGAUUCUGGACUCUACUUAUAAUAUCCCUAACUGCCGGAUUCUCCUGCUGCAGCUUUUCUUGGACAGUGACUUAUUUUGAUUCUUUUGAACCAGGAAUGUUUCCUCCUACUCCUCUUUCACCUGCCAGGUUCAAUUUUCUCUCAGUGAUCAGAGUUCUCCACUUCAGAAUGACUGCCCUCGCAUUUCACAUUACGUGUGCACAAGCCCCAUCUAGUGGUGCAGUGAUGUGGCUGCAGUUUUAUAAUUAUCAGCUUGCUAAUAAAUAACUCAGUGAUUAUAAUAGGUCCAGGCUAGGGUAAAAAUGUUACUUUAUAGUCUAAAAAUAAAUUUAUUGGGGAAAUGAUAAUAUAUAUGAUGGGUCUAGCAAAAAGCACAAUGUAGACAGCUCAUUAGUUUUGUAAUUGAGUCAAAAAAAGUGAUAUGAAAAAUAGUUAAAUAAAUCAUUAAGUUUGUCUAUCUUAUAGUACUUUUACGUAGAGUCAGAGUUCAAGGACCAAUUUUUUUAAGGGCCAGUAUUCUUAAAUAAGUUAAGGGUGUUACUUCAUUAUAGGGAUAGGACUAUUAUUUUGUGCUGGUAAUACCCACAGAGACUCAUUUCCAAGGAGGAAAAACCAAUGCUUGUAUUUCAAGUUAUUAAGGAUAUAGGAACACUUGUUAAAGGAAAAAGUAGACAUCAUUUUAAGUUUUCUUAGAUAGCUUUAAAAGAGACCAAAACCCUCAAAAUUAUCCCUGAAGUAGCCAUUUUGAAUUAUCAGAAAUAAGCAAAAUACUGUAUUUUUGUUAUAAUUAGACUCAAAAUCAAAGUUAGUAUUUGUCUUUUGAGUGCCUCUGAGAUGGUCACAUCUGUGUAUUUCUUAAAAUGAGGCAGAUAGGAAGGCAUAGUUGGAUGUUCGUUUUAUAGAACUAAGAGCAUAAAUUCACUUUUAUAUUGGUAGAGAAGUUUGAAGUUUGGUAUUUGCUUUUAAAUGUAUAUUGCUUGUAUUUAUGACUUAUUUGAUGUGGGACUUAUGGUCAAAAUGCAGGGAACCUUUACAAUUAUUGGUUAUUAUGUCAUGAUUUCUAGGGAUGUGCUAAGGUAGAGAGUAGUGUCUUCACUAAAGCCUGCUUAAAAUAUAAUUUAUAGAAUUUGAUUGGCAAUCUACAGUGUUUCAUAGUAAAUAUACAAACCAGGGGCUACUGCUGAUGCUCUUGGUCUUUUUGUCUAGAUCACUCUGAAUUAUUCACCUUUAUGUUUCUUCUUCCAACCCCUAAUGGUAUUUGGUAAAUAUCAGGACACUCAAUGUCAAUAAACACAUGCUUUUACUUCAGUUUAAAUUUAUUUUUAUGCAGCUUUUUUUUUAAAUUGUAUUUUCUUACAGUGGUAUUUGGUAUUUGCAAAGUAAAUUUGAAGUAAGAAAGAAAUGGGAACAGUUGAUUUUCAUUCGAGUUGCUUUUUGGUAAACUGUUUUUGGUAACUAUUUUACAGAAUAAAAAUUAACACAUGUGAUCUGAUACUGUUUCAUGUGUUAUUUUCUGUGUAAAGUUCUGGAUGUAAUCAGAUGCUGAAAUAUUUAAAUCUCCAUUACAUUUGUAUAUGAAUGUGUUUGUUGUUACUAUUGUUGUAGGAGGGAAGCAGAUUCAGGAUUUAGGAUUGCCAUUGCUGUAUUAUAAUAAUACCCUUUCUACUCAACAUUAAGUUUAUUUUUCUAUGUUAUUAAAGGGUCUUCUCUGACUUCUUGCUCUUCUUGACAUUAGGGGCCUUAAUUAUUGGGGGUUAAAAUACAGUACAAAACAGAAUGUAAAAUCAUAAUAGAAGAGGGGUUGUGGGUUCUUGGGCAGUAAUAUAAGUCUUGAAGGUCAGGAAAAGUGGAUGAUUUAGUAUUUAAAUUAGAAGUUUCUUUUCUAAGCACACUAGAUUUAACAUUGAGCACAAUAAAUUGAUGCUAUGACUCUUUCAUACAGACUUUGGAGGGCUGCCUUUUUGUCAGAUCAGAUUCUUUAUUGCCAUGGACUGAUGAAACAGAUAUCAGAUGGCUAAUUGCAGUAGGAGAGGAAAAACUACUGACAAAAGAGAUAGAUCAAGAACUUGGCCUUGAUAUUUGAGUAUCGUGAAGUUUCAUUAUCUAGGGACUGUUUGGAGCCAUCAGUUGUAAUGCUGUCACUAUUAAUGAAUGUAUUGAUGGCACCACACUGUGGCUUAUUGAAGUGAAGGGUUAAAAUAUAUGCGUGUCUUAUAAAAUAUAUUCUAUUAAAGUUCUGAAUGGAGACUUAAAUAGAUGUAACAAAAUCUUAUAAGAACUCAUUAAAUAUUCUUGGUUUCUUUGUUAUUUUCAUAAAGCAAUAUAGCUAGUAAGUGUUUGCACCUGUUUGCUAUGGCUUUUGCUUAUGCUAAUUUACAAUGUGUUAUGUUUGGGCUGCUGAAAAGAUACGGGUAUCCAUAUGUACAGAAUAGCACUGAUAAGAAAUACAUAAGAGAUAGCACGUGGCAGUGUUGAACUUGGAACCCUUUCUGUGUGUUCAACAAUCUUUAUAAAUUACUAGGCAGCCUGGUAUAUUAAAAAGGGCUUAUAAGUCAGGAAGUGACUUCCAAAUGCAGGCUAUACCAUAUACUGCCAGAAGAGCUUUUGAGAAAGUCAGCUGGUGUCUCUGAGCCUUAAUUUCCUCUCUCCAAAAUGGGUUAAAAACAAUGAUGCCUACCCUCAUAGGCAAUACGUAUAACUUUACUAGUUAAACAACAGAUACAUCAGAUGAUAAAGCAGAUACGUCCCAGAGCUUUUCUUUCCUUUCCUUAAUUGAGAUUUUUCAAGCUGGAUAUCUGACUGUGGCCUACCACUGGUUGCCAAUUAUCUUUUGUUGAGUAAUUGUUAUUUAUCUUGAGAUCUUUAUCCUUUUGGUUUUUCUCCUUUUUAUUCUUUUGAUAAUAAGAUGCUCUUUCUUGUACGAAAUUAUGCUGAUAGUAGAUUGUAGUGGUUUUCAAACCUGUUCCUGGCAAAACAAGUUUGACAACAAAACAUGGAGUCAGUUACUUCCUUUUUAAAAAAAAAAAAUCAUUUUUAAACUGACUCAUGAAAUCUAAAGGCUUGGGAAUCCCAUUUUUCUUGUACUUUUUGUACUGUUUGGCCUAACUUUCUAAUGAAUAAGGACUUUGUCUAACCAAGGUAGUGUCCAGGACAGAUAGAUAUCCUAAGGCAUUUUGCUACCUCGAUAUACUGGUGAAUAAAGUUAACAUGUCUGACAUAAUUCAAUUUGCAACCAAGUAGACUGCUGCAUAUAAGUAAAGUAGACUGUAGGUUAGUAUGCAGUUUCAUCCAACCAGAUAUACAUUUAUUUCUCUCUGACUGAUUUUCAGGGAGUUGUAGUACAAUGAGAGAUAUCUUAAAUGUAUACAUUUUAAUUCCAUGUUAAGGAACUUUGUUCAUUGUUAGGAUCUUUCAGAGCCUGUACGUUAUUAAGUUAGUUAAUAUCACACCAGCAAAGCAUAGGGUUGUGAUUCAAUUAAAAGUUCUAGUUGGUAAAAUUCUAGAUGAAGGACUUUAGUGUAUAUAUGGAGGCAUAAUUAUUGCAGAAUUGAGAUCCAGAAGGGAUUAAAGAGAUCAUAAAGACUAACCUUAUGCUUGAGAAACAGAAGUAGAACCAGAGACGUUGGCAGUAUAGCAAGGAAACUUAGUGCUAAGGAAAAGAAAGCCUUUUAAAAAUGAGGAAACC